GAAUGUUGGCUGACGCUAAUGUUGGUAUGAAAGUAUUUAGAGUUGAUGGUAAACUGAUGGAAAGGGUUAAACCAGGUAGGAAAGCAGUUCAGCAAGAGCACAUCUACAGCCAACAUGACCAACACAGGCAUGAACAUGAGGGGCAAGAUCAUCUUCUAUGAGGAGAGGAACUUCCAGGGUCGCCACUAUGAGUGCAUGAGCGACUGCUCUGACAUGUCCUCUUACCUGAGCAGGUGCCAGUCCUGCAGGGUGGAGAGUGGCUGCUUCAUGGUCUACGAGCGUCCCAACUACGUGGGUAUGCAGUUCUUCAUGAGGAGGGGCGAGUACCAUGACAUGCAGCGCAUGAUGAGCAUGGGAAUGACAUUCGACUCCAUUAGAUCCUGCAGAAUGAUCCCUUAUCACAGAGGCCAGUUCAGGAUGAAGAUCUAUGAGAGGGAGAACUUCGGUGGUCAGAGUUACGAGAUGAUGGACGACUGUGACAACAUCAUGGACCGUUACCAUAUGAACGACUGCCAGUCCUGCCACGUGAUGGACGGCCACUGGCUGAUGUACGAGCAGCCCAACUACAGAGGCAGGAUGAUGUACAUGAGGCCUGGAGAGUACAGGAGCUUCAGGGACAUGGGCAUGAGUGGCAUGAGGUGGAUGAGCAUGAGGCGUAUCAUGGACUCCUGCAACUAA